AUGCAGAGUUGUGUACUUAAUAAAGAAUCUCCAAACAAAAUAUUAAAAUCUUCGAAUGGGGACGAUGUUUUGAUUGAAAUCCAAGGAAAGCUUUAUUCCCCUCAACAAAUAACUUCUUUUAUUUUAAUUAAAUUAAAAGAAAUGACAGAAAAUUAUUUAAAUAAAAAAGUUGGGGAUGCAAUAAUUACUGUUCCAAAUUAUUUUGAUUAUUCACAAAAACAAGCAUUGAAACAAGCUGGAAAACUUGCUAACUUAAGAAUUUUACGUUUUGUUCCUGAUUCUGUUGCUGCAGCAUUUAGUUAUGGAUUGGAUACUUGUGGAGAGUCAAACAAAAUCGUUGCUGUUUGUAAUCUAAAUGGAGGUUCUUUUGAAUUUUCUGUUUUGGAGCUAAAAAAUUAUGUUUAUGAAAUUGUGUCAAAUAAAUAUGAUAUUUGCCUUUCUGGAGAGGCUUUUAACAAUGUUAUUGUUAAUUAUUUUGUUUCUGAAUUUAAACGAGAGAAUGGAAUUGAUUUAAAUAAGGAUUCUAUAGCAAAGCAACGUUUACGUGAGGCUGCUGAAAAAGCAAAAUGUGAACUUUCCAACUCUACACAAAUUGAAAUUAUUCUUCCAAAUAUUAUUUUUGAUACUAAUGGAGAACUUAAACAUUUUCAAAUUAUAUUAACUCGUUCUAAAUUUGAGGAAUUAACUUCGGAAUUGGCAAAAAGAAUUUUGAAAAUUUGUCAACAAAUAAAAGAAGAAAUCGGCCAAAUUUUGCUUGUUGGAGGGAUGUCUAGAAUGCCAAAGGUUUAG